UCGCACUUGACGCUCUGCUGCUGUACGGCUGAUGCUGCUCCUCCUGCUCUCAGGUCUCUCCGGACAGGAAUAAAGCGACAUCAGUUACAUGCAACGACCCCAGCAGCAGGGACCUGUCCUGCAACUGCCCCUCGAGUGGUUCGGAUUUUCUCACUGCGUUUUUACUUUUCUUACUGGAAAAGUUCAAUUCCUUAACGAUACUUUGAUGAGGACUCUGUCCAUGUCUCUCGGAUGAUGGCUCAUGCAGUCUCCGUCAUUCCAGUACUUAUUCUGACCAUCGGUUAUGUUGCUGCCAGCGAACUGCGGUUCAUGCCUGAUCCGCCGACGUUAAACAUCAUUGGUGUCCACAGGAUGAACAAGUCUGACAAUGUGACGCUGACGUGCAGGGGUCACCAGUAUCUAACGUGGUCCACUCCUCCUACGAGCACUCACUUCUCCAUCAGCGACUGCAGCGGAUCAGGGCUAUUCUGCACAACACUGACCAUCUCCAACGCUACUGUGGCUGAAAACGGCCAGUAUCAGUGUUACUACAGAGACCUGAGGGCUAAAGAUGGCAAGACGUCAGCUGCAGUUUAUGUCUUUGUCCACGAUUACAAUGUGCCAUUUGUGCCGUCGGACAAAGAAUAUAAGGUGGUGUUUGUCCGUGAAAGAGAGCGCGUAGUGAUACCGUGUCGAGGCUCGGUGGAGGAUCUCAAUGUUACCCUUCACAAUAAGUAUCCAAAUAAGGAGCUUCAUCCCGAUGGAAAGGAAUCUCUAUGGGACGCUAGGACGGGCUUUACGGUUCCUAGCUAUCUGAUCAGUUAUGCUGGCGUGGUGUCCUGUCAGACACGGAUAGGAAAUGAGACGUUCAAGUCCCCUCUUUACAUCGUGGCAGUUAUUGGAUACAAGAUCCACGACCUCACCCUGACCCCGACACAAGUGAAGCUGUCUGUGGGGGAGCAGCUGAAGCUCAGCUGCACUGCCCGCACGGAGCUCAAUGUGGGCAUGUCAUUCAACUGGACCCACUCUGGUGGGGCACUGACACAGGGAGACUAUUCAAUGACUGCGCACAAGAAAAAGAUGUGGGACUAUCUGGAGCUUUCAAACACCCUCAUAGUGAACAAUGUGACUCUGGAUCAUCAUGGAGACUACACCUGCACUGCGUCCAGUGGGAAGAUGGAGAAAAGUGCCACGGCAUCUCUAAUAGUAUACGAAAAGCCUUUUAUUGACAUUGAAGAGCCAUGGACAAAGAUGAGGGAGGUCAUUGUGGGAGAUCUCAUCUCCAUAAACCCUGUCAGGUUCUCAGCCUACCCAAAACCCAGCUUCAAGUGGUUGAAGAAUGGCGUUCCUCUGAAGGACGAUUACAGAAUAAAACAAAGAAACGAAACCCUCCUUAUCCGUGUCGUCACUGAAAUGGACGCAGGAAACUACACAGUAAUCCUGUUCAACGCAGUUACGAGAGAGGAACAUCGGCGCUCCGUCCAACUGGUGGUCAAUGUGCCUCCUCACAUCAUUGAGAAGGAGGUGGCAGUGGACAAUGACCUGUACCCGUGCGGCAGCAGCCCCACCUUGAGGUGCACAUGUCGUGGAUUUCCAGUACCCACACACGUUCAGUGGCAGUGGAUGCCCAAAGAAGAAUGUCCAGACGUCUUUAAGCCAGGGUUUAACAGGUCUGAGAUACAAGUGGAAAAGUGCAGCGGUUGGAGAGACGUCACCAACAGCACCGCUCACAAUUUCAUUGAGCGAAUUAUGACUAAAACUGAUCACAUCAACAAGAAAAUUACAAGCUCUUUGAAGAUUCAAAAAGCUGAAGCUCACGCCCUCUACAGAUGCAUGGCUGCCAACAAGGUUGGAGAAGACUCGCGCGUCAUCGUUUUCCACGUCACACGUGGUCUCCAGGUGAGCAUGUCUCCGUCCAAUGAGCCUUUAGAAGAAGACGAUGUCAUUCUGAGGUGUAAAGCAGACGGGCUGAUAUAUGGUAAUCUGGCUUGGUUUCGUGUGAGCAACACCUCUGAGUCAGAGACCUCGUCGGUGCAGCUGUGUCGAUCUCUGCUCUUGGAGCAGAACCCUCUGUCGCAGGUGGUACUGUCCAGCCAGCAGGGUAACAAUGUUACGCUGGACCUGUUACUGCCCAAUGCUUCCCAUCAGGCUGAAGGAACCUACGCCUGUCAGGUGGAGAACAUCAAGACGAGGGAGAGGACCUGUCUGCUGCGUCGACUCUCCCUCAAAGCUCUUGAAGCUCCGCGGAUCCUUAACAAUUUAACCGACCUCAAAGUUAACGUCAGUGCGAUGAUACGUCUCCACUGCGAUGCUGAAGGGAUACCGAGCCCACAGGUGGUGUGGACCAAAAACAAUCAGACUGUGUUGGAGGGAUCAGGUGUGAUUCUGAGUGAAAACAAACAUACUUUGACGAUUCAGCGUGUGAAGAAAGACGACGGUGGUCUGUACACCUGCACGGCCUGUAACAGCCGUGGCUGUGAGAGCUCACAGGCGGUGCUGACAACUGAAGGGGCUGAAGAGAAGACCAACGUGGAACUCAUUGUUCCAAUCGGCUCAGUCGUCAUCGCCAUGUUUUUCUGGUUGCUGAUUGUUUUCGUCAUCCGUGGGAGAAAGAGGCCAAAUGGCGUGGAUCUAAAGCCAGGAUAUCUCUCAAUAAUCCUGGAUGCAGAGGACAUGCCUAUGGACGAGCAGUGUGAACGGCUCACCUAUGAUGCUAACAAGUGGGAGUUUCCACGAGACAGACUUAAACUUGGUGACCCACUGGGACGCGGAGCAUUUGGUCAGGUGGUAGAAGCAGCUGCCUUCGGUAUCGAGAAAGCAACGACUUGCACAACUGUUGCAGUCAAGAUGCUUAAAGAGGGAGCCACAUCCAGUGAGUAUCACGCACUGAUGUCAGAGCUGAAAAUUCUCAUUCACAUUGGACAUCACCUGAAUGUUGUCAACCUGCUGGGAGCCUGCACCAAGGCUGGGGGACCACUGAUGGUGAUUGUAGAAUACUGUAAACAUGGAAACCUCUCCGCUUACCUUAAGAGCAAGCGUGGAGAGUACAGCCCGUACAAGAGGAAGCGGGUUGAUAGUCAGAAAUGGGCAUCUUCCCAUGAGAAUGUAACUGCAACGGAUCAGGAUCUGGAUAAAGUUGCCCAGUUGGAUAUCCUCACUGGAACAGCAAUCUGCACCACAGCUAAGGACAGGCCCUCAUGCAGCAACAGGGACCCUCAGGGAGAUGAUGAGAGCUCAGAUGACGACCACCUGACUAUGGAGGAUCUGAUAAGCUACAGCUUUCAAGUGGCCAAAGGCAUGGAAUUUCUGUCGUCCCGCAAGUGUAUCCACAGAGACCUGGCAGCCAGAAACAUCCUGCUUUCAGAGAACAACGUGGUAAAGAUCUGUGACUUUGGCCUCGCCAGGGACGUUUACAAAGACCCCGACUAUGUCCGUAAAGGAGAUGCCCGUCUCCCUCUAAAGUGGAUGGCUCCUGAAACUAUAUUUGACCGUGUGUACACCACACAGAGUGAUGUUUGGUCCUUUGGGGUCCUCCUCUGGGAGAUCUUCUCUUUAGGGGCUUCUCCGUAUCCUGGUGUUUGUAUCGAUGAGUCUUUCUGCAGGAGACUUAAGGAAGGAACCAGAAUGAGGCCGCCAGAAUAUGCAACCACAGAGAUAUACCAGACCAUGUUGGACUGCUGGCUGGAUCACCGUACAGACAGGCCCACGUUUGCAGAACUGGUGGAACAUCUGGGCAACCUGCUGCAGGCCAGUGCUCAGCAGGAUGGAAAGGACUACAUCCCUCUGACAGCAGGAGAAGCAGAGGUAUCUCCAGUGACUCCUGAUUCCAGGGAUCCUUACAGCGGUCCUCAGAGUGGAGAAAUCCACGAGGCCCAGCUUCACUAUGAUAAUCCACGAUCACUGGGGCUGAUCCAGCAAAGUGAAAGAUGCAGUCGCCCUCUCAGCCUGAAGACCUUUGAUGACAUUCCAGUUUCACACAGCAGUGUGAUGGAGGGUCAUCUAGACAGUGGGAUGGGCUUCUCACAAGAGGAAGUGAAGGGGUUAAAUCAACGGCUGCAGACCACACCCACCUUCAGUCAGCUCCUGCGCUGCAAGAGCAAAGAAUCCCUGGCCUCAGAAUCAUCCAAUCAGACCAGCGGGUACCAGUCAGGGUACCACUCUGACGACACCGACUCCCCCAUCUAUGCUAACGAGGAGGUCAUUAUGAAGCACAAAAUGCUGAAGAGGCCUCCGUUGCCUAAGACAAUGGAAAAGUUCGGUGCAGAGAUCCGCUACAGCACACCACCGGUCUGACCAAAACUCCUCUCCACAGUAACGUUCAAACGUUGCUCAUUAUCUUCGUCCUCCAUCACACUGAAGCCAAGAACAAUGACACAUGAAAUGCAACCCCAUGGUAAAUGUUUUUGCUGCAGAUAACUGAAGAAAUCAGUGGAGAAUAAUAGUGUUUAAAUGAUAGAUUUGAGCUGCAGCUCUGCUUGGAGCUGAAGGAAUGCUAUCAUGUUUACACAGCAAGUAAGGGUCCUGCCAGUCUCUGGGACACAUCUACUUCCUGAGGCCAAAUUCCCGGCUCCCUACUUCCUUUGUAAGAGGAAAUGGAUUUUUUUUUGGAAUUCAAAACAGUCAGUGUUUUCUGUUUCUCAGUUGUUGGCACAAUUAAUGUUGGUCAGGCAGAGGAAGCCAUUCAUUCUUUGUACAGUUUUCUUUGUGAAACAUAUUCUACCCUAUAGAAAAUAUAUGACUUAUGGCUCAAUAAAUAGCAUUAGUUUUAUAAAAUAAACAUACUAACUAAUACAAA